AUGGCUGGUAACGUUAGCAGAUACCUGCAGGUAUCACCAACGUGCUUCCUUUGUAAUAGAGCUUUCGGUCCAGAUCACGCGCCGGCCGCAUUACGAGCCUGUGGGCAUAUAUUUGGCUACCGUUGUCUCUCGAUCAUCCUUAACGGUGGCGACGUCGACUUGAAGAGCACUUGGCCUGACAUACCCAGCAUUGGACUCAAGGGUGCCGAAUGCCCAGAAUGUCAGGUUCCGAUCACAAACCUCGAUAGCGAGCAGAGAGCGCUGUCAAUACUCGGCGACAUUAGCUCUGCUAUACCGGACCACCGGGACAAACUCAACGCCUUCGUCGAACAGCUACGCGAUAGCGUCGCAAACACCGAUCCUGAUGUCGAGCGUCAUGACACCCUACACUUCUUCAAGAAAUGCUACACGAGCGACGGAGACGACAUCCUGCAGAAAGCUUUGCAAGAUGCAGCAAGCGCCGGCGAUUACUUCUCGCCGUUUCAUGACGCGAUUACGGCUUCUCGCGGUGCCAGUCCUCAACCCAUGGCUUUUCCGCUCAUUCGAUUUUGUUUCCUACUCUGGGACGCUCACAACGCGAUCGAGAGGAAGACAAGCCUGGCGAUCAACAUACUACUGUGGGAAGCCAACCGCUGCUUGGGUGUCAACAACCCAUUGGUUCAGUGGGAAGAUGUAGAAGAAGCUGCCGACUUGGAAAAUACUCGACUCUUCCCAUUGCUACAUGGACUGACGAUGCUGGUGUCCCAAGGCCUUGCACGCAAUGGCUUAAUGGACCCCUGGCCUGAAGAAAAGAAGCUCGAUCUUGCGCAACAGUUUGCAUGUGAAUUUAUUGGUCCGCACUUCGAGGGUCAGCCUUCAGAUAUGUGGCUGGCGAAGCUGGCGCUUGUUGUGAACGAACUCAAACGCCAUCAAUUCGAGAUGGGUAGGAAGCCAUUGACAGGCGUCGCAGCCGAGAAGAGCAUCGUUCGAGGGUGGUGGGCGAUUGCGCAUGCAGAGGUUGACGAAUCUGAUUGA